AUGGCGAUUAAGAAAACAUCCAUUGCUUCUUUUCCGAAGAAUGCGGAUAGUCUGGUACAGCCACCCCAACCUCUUCCUCUUUACAAGUUCAUUCCUCUUGACGAACCACCUGAGGACUGGAUUUUUCUCGGUGUCAGAUAUGGAAGGGUGGAAGAGAGCCGUGUCCUGAAGUCGCAUCAGUUGCGCGUAUUGGCGAAGCAUUACUUUUGGGGAAUUCAUUGGACGGAAAAUCAGAAAACCGCCAAAACAACAAGAAAGGCACACAAUCUCCAAACCUUCGUCAAAAACCUGUGGAAACUGUUUUAUUAUAUGCAAGAAGAGCAUCGACCAAAAAGUUGGGGAGAUCUGAUUAACGUGGAGCGAGACUCUGGCCCUCGACUUUUGAGAUACGACCUCAGUCCACGCCCACCACCUCUCAGCCGAUGGUUUACAACUAAUCCAGAUGAUCGAACUAUCAUAUUACCUGCAUAUUCUCGUCCUCUCAACGCACCGCCGGAUUUACCCGACCUUCUCCUUCAGCAAUAUCUAUACUCAGCAGACAGUUUUCAUGAACCAUCUGUAGCCGAUGUGCCGGUUCUACCGCAAACCAUUAACGCACAAUAUCCUUAUGUUGGUUCGACGACAGAUUCAAUUUCACUAACCAGCGAGGAGCAGCAAGAUCUUGCCCUUCGCGAUGAUCUACUGCGAUUUCUCCAUUCGCCAGGUGAAUCCCCUCCCGUCCCGGAGGAUCGAAGCCCACCAAGUGAAGAGCCAGUUCCUAAGAAGCGGAAAAGAGAUAUUUCUCCAUCUGCCCCAAGCUACCGGGGUACAGCCGCUCCACCUGCGCCGGCUGUCCCGGUCUUUGAGGGUCCCGUAUACGCUUCCCGGCAUGAUCCCACGGAGUGGACCUGGAUGCCUGGCCUGCAACCAGAACAUUUUUCCCCGCCAGAUGGUGAGCCACAAAUUGGCCCUCUUUUUUCAACGACUGAGCCUGUAUACGAGACUGAAGUUGUCGCCGAGGCAGUUGAAAGAGCGUUGAUGCAGGUGGUGUACAAUGAUCUGGAGCGUGACCCUUCUGUUCCUUCCAGCGCGGAGCCUAUCAAGAACAUCACAGCACAUACUUUCUCCGACCUGCUUCAAAUGAAAAUUGGCGCAUUCAACACAAUUGCAAAAGUCAGAGUAUCACCAUUGACCUUUGAGUGGGAUCCAGCCGGCGGUGCAUUUCCGCUCCGCGGCCGCGGCCCUGUCUGGCACGCGGAUUCUUGUGCCACAGACUGUGUGAUUAUGAUAGGCAGGCUCCUGGAAGUUGGAUGUACCAAGAUUGAUCGUGCCAACAACAGAGUAGCCGGGUUUACCGAAAUUGAAAAGUCAUACAUUGAGACAAUAAACAUGAGCUGGGAGAUUCUUGAUGAAAAUCAAUCUAUACGCGCGCGUGAUGAGUUUCUUCAAAAGUUCAUAGACGGCCAGAUCCAUUUGAGAAUGGGACAGCCUCUACCACCUUGGGUUGUUUGGUCCCAGGUCACAAGAAGCUUCUCGCAGUUCCGUUACCAUCAUAUCGAGCGAGUGACGCCUUGCAAGUGCCAAAAGGCUGAGACAUUCGUCGACUACCACGAAGGGUCAUGUAUAUUACCCGGAUAUAGGAGGGGUGACGACAGAGGAGUGGCAGUGUCAACCCUCAUCGAAAGGUGCUUCUACACAAGAAAGUCAUUCGCAUGCAGUCAGUGCGGAGAUCCAAUCGGUGUCACGGGAGAACGAAGAAUUGGACAACUCCCAUUGCGUCUGGUGAUGACCUUUGAUAGGAAGACCAGAUUGCGGCAGCACACUCGACAUCUGAAGUUCAAAUAUCUCGAUUACGAAGACAAGAAACAGGUUGCCCACUAUCGCUGGCUUGGCGGUGUCUACAACAAUGAAGAACACGCUCGGGUCUACUGGACUGAUCAAAAGCGAGGCGAGAAGAGUGGAACCGAUGUCAUGAUGUACGACAGUCAGCUCAAUCAAGGGCUCCUACUCGGUGCAGUUCCUGCUUUCAGACCUGACGAUCGAGUCCCCAUGGAAUGGGUGAAUCAUAAUGCCAUUCCUCUGCUCUUCUUUGAGCGCAUCUUGAAUCCCUCCAGGGAGCUUCUGGCAACAGCCCACAAUGUCGUUUAUGAUAUGGGUAAUAUUCUUGGAAGAAACAAAAAUGUUUUGGAGGAACACGUUCCUUGGACGACCACAGACCCCCAGCCUCUAGCUGAACCGUGGGAACGUGUCUUGUCUAACGUGGGUGAUCGGUUUAUCGACUACAACCCUGACUGGGGGCGGGUUUCUACGUCACCGCAGCCAGCAGCCAGUGAUCUAUUCCCCGACCCGACGCUCAUCGAUCCCACGGUCAUCGAUCAGUCAACGCUUGACCCAUCCAUCUACAGUAGCAGCUCUGUUCCAGAGUUCGAUAUUUUAUCAUUCCUUAAUCAGGAUGUGAUGGACGAGGAUUUCCUGGCCCCGCAAAACCCCACGGGUGGACUUGAUAGAUGUAAGAAUCAUAUGUUCGAUUCGAUGCUCAACACCCCGGACUGGCUCGCUGUACAUCCUGAGAUGUGGCCUUCGGGUAAACCUUCCAAGGAAGGUGCUUUGGAAUUCCCGGAUCUUCCUACAUGGCCAUCGCCCCUGGGCAAACGGAAGCGCAGGACACAAUCCGAUGCCACUAUGCCGGAUGCAGAUGAUUGCCCACCGGGCGAUCCACCACAGCCAGGUACCCGGCUUAAGACUGCCGUGAUGCUCAACCAGUCUAUUGACCCCAGACAGAGAGCAGCAUAUGAAGAGAUACGGACAAGAGACGAAUUGGACAAAUACCUGCAGAAAAAGGAAGCUAAAUGGCUGGCACAGAAGAAGCAGAAAAGGGCCACAAAACCAACCGAGGUCGAGCAAAGAAGGGCAGAAAAGAUAAAAAAAUACCACGCUGAGCUGAAAAGGCUAAAGGCAGAGGAGAAGAGAAAUGCAACCCCAAAGACAAUUACUGUGAAGACAACGACCCCAAAGAGAGUUACCUCAAAGGCAGCCACUCCAAGAACAACAACGCGCGCAGCUGUGACGACCACGAGAAAGUCCACUACCGAGGAACAACAGCAGCGAAAUAACGCCUACAGCCAGUAUAAGUCUACGCAGGAUCGAACGGCAGUGAAGGAAGUGAAGAGAGUGCAGCAAAAGCCACAGGCAACAGCGAGAGACGAGGAAAAGAGGGGAAGGAGGCGGAGAACGGGGAAAAGGGAUGAUGAUCCUACUUGGCGCCCUAGUGACGAGUCGGGCUCAGAUUCAGAGAUAGACUGGGGUUCAGAUAUGGAGUCAUCAGAUGCAGACCUAGCUUCAGAUGCAGACCCAGACUCAGAUGCAGACCCGGACUCAGAUGCAGAGCCAGACUCGGAGUGA